AUGAGUGCUAACUCGAAUCGCGAUGACUAUGACCUCCAAACCUAUGAUUCCCACUCUGUCGAUCACAACUGGCAAAAUGCCCCCACACCAGGAUACUUCGGUUGCACGCCUACAUCAAGCGGCGGAUUCAGCCCUUCACCCGACUCUUCCACCGAGUACGGUCCGGAAGACUUGUCCCAAAACAAGACGGAAAGUCCUAGAUUGCUCCAGCUAUCCGAGUGGCACGACGGAAUACUAGACGAUGAGCUUCCGGCAAAUUACAUCCAGUAUACGAUCGAGUGGAAGGUCAUGGUGAAUAAGAAAGUGAUCUCUCGAGACACGGAGGAGGACGUAGCUCUGACACCAAGCGCUUACUGGCCGAUGACCCUGAAGUGUAAGUUGGAGAAGUUGUUGGAGGGGAAGGCCUCGUACAAAGGACGGGUGAGAUCUGAUGACACGGCAAUUGUCGUAUCGGUGAAUGAUCGCUCUCAACGCGACCUGAUGAAGCGAUUUGACCAUCUUGAUAUCGACUGGGCUACCGUUGAAAAACAGCUGCUUCGGUGGGGUGCGCUAUUUCUUCGGGGCAAAAGAUUGAGGUUAAGUAUUACCUUCAAAUUCGUUGAGGAUGACCGUCUCUGCAGAACCAUCUCUGGUAGGGUCGAGAAGAGAGGCAGGUCGUCUGUCACGAAACGGAUGCUCAACGAGCGAGACGCUCAACUGGAUGCCGAAGAGCAUACAUCUGGGCAAGAAUCCGUUUGGCGGGCCGUGUACAACCUUAUGCGUUGUCCUUCCUCCUCGUGCCAUCUUGGCCCACAUUGUUGGCAAGACCCUCAUGGGAAGAAACACCAUGCGCUACGAAGCCAUCAUCUCAAACGUCUCAUUGCCUUUGUGGAGAAGGGAGGUACUUUGGAGUCUCAUGGCGACGUCCCCAAUAGUUUUCGUGAAGAGCUAUAUUUAGAAGAGCGCCAAAGACUGGGGAGCCAACAGUCCAAGAACAAGAUGGGCGGUUCCUGGGGAGGCUCUCUUCCGAUAAACAUCAACAUCAAUGGGAUGCCCCCUUCCUCUCAAACGCAGGUCCCCAGCUCAGCCGCGAUUCCAGCCCAGGCUCAAGUACAGAAUGAUCUCAAUAUUCCCGGAUUACGAGAUGUGGCCGUCAAACAAUACACCGCGUGGCAUGAGGCCAAUGUUGAGGAUGACGCUUUGAAGGCUCAAUUUCGGCAAGCGCGUGAUGUGGCAUUGGCCAAUGGGCUAGAUCUUAAACUGAUUCAUGAUGACCAAAAUCCAUCAUUCUUUGUCGAGAAAGGGAUUAUGGUAGGUAUCGCACGCCAGUUUGUUAGAGACAUUGUUUCCUGGGUUCGGUCUCUAGAUAGUGUGCCGCAAACCGAAGAGGCUUCGCUGGUGGUAUCCUGA